AUGGGUAGUCUUUCUCCCUUGCUUCCAGCAUCGCCGCGCAUGCUGCCCCAUUACUUCAUCUCAGUGCUCUAUGCGCUAUUCUCCUCUCUCUUCAACCUCAUCCCAGACCACGCAAAAAGUCAUCUCUUCAAGUCGGGCAGAGCACACGACUUUCUGCCGUCAACGUGGAAGCAGGUUGACUAUGAGAUCCGCAACGUCGUCAACCACCACGGCCGUUAUUGGUGGCACACCACGGGAUACGUGUUGAAUCUGCUCCUGCAGGAGGCCGGCUACACAGAUCAUGCGCAACGACGCAUCCUGACCUUCUUCGGUCGCUCGAUCGCUCCGCACCUCGGAGUCGCAAAUGAGCCUGGUGCGCAGAGAUGGCCGAGUUUCAUGACGGACAACCAUAACCCAAUCGAAUUGAGUUGGGACUGGCAUACUGGCAAAAAGUCUCCGACGGUUCGGUUCUCAAUUGAGCCCGUGGGCCCCAAUGCCGGCACGCAAGUGGAUCCCGACAACCAACCUGCAGACGCGCACUUCAGGAAGGUCCUGAUGCAGGCGUUACCCAACACGGAUAGGGAAUGGUUCGACCAUUUCGAUCAAGCAUUGGCUCCGGACCUGCCUCCCAAGGGCUGCAUGGAGGGCCAUCCGUCGAAGAUCUUUUACGCCUUUGAUCUGAGCGAAGAGGAUAUCACCGGAAAGGCCUACUUCUUCCCCGGCUUCAAGGCCAGGACCACGAAGCAGACAAAUCUACAGGUCCUCGCCGAAGCAAUUCGCACAGCUCCUCACUGCAGCGACAAUGAGAAGCUUGGCGCCUUCUUGAUGUUCGAGGAUUUUGCCCAGGAUCCCUCGACGCCACCGCUGGAGAUGGACAUGCUAGCCAUCGACUUGGUCCGCCCGGCUGAUUCGCGCCUCAAGAUAUACUUUCGAGCGCGCGAAACGAGCUUUGCCUCUGUGCGUCAGAUGAUGACGAUGGGAAACCGGAUUACCAACCCGUCACUAGAAGCUGGACUGCGGAAUUUGAGGAAGCUGUGGGACGGGGUUCUAGCCCAGACUGGCGUGCCUGAUGAUACACCCCUCCCAGCUGCUAAUCAUCGCACAGGGGGAAUCCUGUAUAACAUGGAGUUCCGCCCAGGAAGCACGGCCCCCAACGUCAAGGUGUAUAUUCCCGCCCGGCAUUACGCGCCAAGCGACUGGCAUGUGGUCACGGCGUUGAAUGAAUACAUGUAUGGGAUCAACGAAAAGUCGGAACUGCCCAUGCGUACCUAUACUGAAACCCUGCGUAAAGUAUUCACGCACGAUGCUCUCCAGCAACGUGGUCUACAUACCUAUAUCGCCUGCUCGGUUCAGUCGGGUGGUGAUCUCCGGGUUGUGUCGUACAUGAAUGCGCAGAGCGAGAAAUUUGCCACGACAUGA